AUGGCUGGCAUGUCUGUUAAGGGACCCUAUGUGAAUGAUAGUGAAGAAGCUGAAGUCUUAGCAUGCAGAAAGGCGAUAGAAUUCACUGUUGAAGCUAGUUUUUCAGAGUUAGUGAUUGAGGGUGACAGUGCGAACGUGAUGAGGGCAAUCUCGAUUCCUUUAGCUAAUAAAUCUCUGUUGGGACACAUAUAUGAAGACAUUUUCACCUCUGUAGCUGGCGGGAAUAAUGAGACGGACCGAUUGGCAUUGCUUGAGUUCAAAGCCAAGAUCAUUAAUGACCCUUUCCGGGUUAUGAGCUCUUGGAAUGACAGCUUCCACUUUUGUCGAUGGCGAGGUGUCACUUGUGGUCGACGACACCAGAGGGUCACCAUGUUGGACCUACAAUCUUCAAAACUGGUAGGUUCUAUAUCACCACAUGUUGGAAAUUUAAGUUUUUUGAGAAUUCUUACCCUCCAAAACAAUAGUUUUCAUGAUGAAAUCCCUCUAGAAAUUGGUCGGUUACGCAGAUUGCAGUUCUUACUAUUGUCCAAUAACACUUUUAGUGGCAAAAUUCCAAGCAAUAUAUCCAAUUGCCCUAGCCUUGAAUACCUUCGUGUCGGUGGCAACCUUUUGACGGGAGAAAUCCCUGUAAUGCUUGGCACCAUGUCAAAGCUUCGAGUUUUUUCUCUGAGCACCAAUAAUCUGAUAGGAAGAAUCCCACCUUCUUUUGGAAACUUAUCGUUUCUAGAACUGUUUGUUUCAACAUAUAAUAACUUGCAUGGGGUUAUCCCAGAUUCUUUGGGCCAGUUGACCAAGCUUGAACUACUUGGUCUGGGUGCAAAUAAGUUGUUUGGAAAAAUUCCUCACUCAAUCUUCAAUAUUUCUUCAAUAAACAUGUUCGAUAUAGCAGACAACCAAAUCCAGGGGCAUCUUCCAUCAGACAUAGGUCUCACUCUUCCAAAUAUCAAACUAUUAUACAUUGGCAACAACCGAUUUACUGGAUCUAUCCCAGUUUCAAUUUCUAAUGCCUCAAAUCUAGAUACACUUACAUUGAAUGAUAAUAAACUAAGGGGAAAAGUUCCUUCUUUGGAGAAGCUUAAUAGAUUUUCAAGAUUUACCAUUACCGGUAACAAUCUUGGAAAUGGAGGGGCAAAUGACUUGAAUUUUAUCUGUUCAUUGACAAAUACCACCUAUUUGACCGUAUUGUCUUUAAAUAUCAAUAAAUUUGGGGGAGAGUUGCCCAAAUGCAUUGGCAAUUUGUCAACUAGCCUUGCUUGGUUGCUUCUAGAUGCUAAUAAAAUAUACGGAAAGAUUCCUACCUAA